GGAUCGGAAGAAGGGGAGAAGGUGAUGGGGAUUAUAAGGAGAAGUUUCUCAUUGAUAGCAGGCACUGUUUGCGGUAUAUACAUAGCUCAGAACUACAACGUCCCUAACAUUAACAACCUUAUACAGAAUGCCUUAUUCAAAGCCAAAGAUGUAGAAGAGAAAUACCGCAAGCCCCCUAAGCCUGGCGAUCGCCUUUAGAUUGAGGUUAACCGAUUCUUCUUCCUUUCAAAUGUAAAUUCGAAUAAUCCAACAGUUUUAACUCAUAAAUUUUGUGAAUCUUCGACUAAAUUUGAACUGAUAAUGAUGACUUUUGUUCGCCUUUUUACUUAGUAUCGCCUAAUUUGUGUAAUUGCGUUUAGUUGCUGUUGUUAAUGCUCGACGUUGUAGUUAGGCUUCAAGGUUAAGCAGGAUGUACACCAAUUCCCCUUUUCUGUUUGAGAAUUCAAACGGUAGACCAGUCUUCACUGGCAAUUUCUGAAUGUAGACAGAGAUCAACCACAAGACAAUGUAUAAACAAUAAUUUUUGUAUAGAAUCAGAACAUCAGUACAAUAUAUUUCUUGAGAAAUUUGCGUUGCUGUGCAUCCAUCAUAGUGGAAUGUUUACCAGCAAUCAGAUUUUGUUAAUUUUAAAACCUAGGAAGUAUCUGAGAAUUGUUAUGGUAUAUGGCCUAUAAGUUUUGUUUGUAAUGAUGAAUAGUUGCAUAGGUGCAAUUGGCUGCUUCCAUAUUGUAAUCGUUUAUUGGUUAAGAUUUA